UGUCCAUUAUUUGAAACCGAUUUUAUUAUUAUAAUUUUUAAUUUUAGCUUUUUUUUUUAAUUAUUUAAAUUUAAUUAUCUUCUUCUUCUUCUUUGUUUCUGCACAAACCCCAGUAUCUUCAUGUAGUUUUGAUUUAAGGUUUCAGUUAAUCCCAUACAAUUUUUGGAUAAUAUGUGUUGGACUCUGUUUCUUUUUUCCCUAUAAGUUGAUAAAAUUGGAUGAAUUUGGAAUUGGGAUUUGGAUUCUAGAGAGAGCAUUUAGUUUCUCCAGAAUUUGGAAAAAGAAAAUUCUGAAUGAGAAAUGAAAGGUUUUUCUCAUUCGUAGCCUCAAAAUAAUUGGAAGCUUGUAUUCUUUUGAGGAAUUUUCUUUAAUCAAGAUUCUGUGAUAUUUGUAGCAGUACAUGAAUGCUGCUUUCUUUUUGUUUUAUUCUGUUGGGAGUUUGCAGGGAAGCUGGACUUCCAUGAAAAAGCAGAUGGCAAAGGUGGCUGAAGCUCCCAAAAAGCUCAAAGUGGGUGCAGGUUCCACUCAAGUUGGUAAAUCUGCUAACAGAAAUAGGGGGCGGUGUCCUAAAUCAGCAGGGAAAAGUGAAAAGCUUUCGGUAGAAAAGGACAAGCAUUCUUCACCAUCCGGAUCACGUUUGCACCUUUUAGAUGAAGGUAAUUGUCCUGCGGAAACAACAAAGAGAUUUCAUAUACCUGAGCAAUGCCCAGAACACGCUCUUCAUCUUUCUGGAAAGAUCAAGUUGCAGCUCUUUCCAUUGGACGAACCCACUCGCAUGGGAUUGGAAAAGGACGGUUAUCAUCCAUACUUGGAACUCACUCUAAGUGCUCGGAAAAAGAUAUCUUCUGUUCUCAACCAUCUAAAUCACAAGUGGGGUGAUUCGAGCAUUGCUACUGGGGAGCCCUUUCUUUUACCAUACAAGAUAGCUGAAUGUUUAUCUAGUUGCAGAUGGACAUUGAAUGACGUUGGUCUCAGUGCAGGAGAUAUCUAUGCAGCUGUUGGAAGCCCUUCUAUUUUCCGGUUAAGGUACGGCUGGGUCACUGAUUGUGAAAAUAAAUCAUCUGAACUGCAAUCAACAUUGAUUCCCUCUGAGGCUUGUUUGCGACAUGAAGGCAUACAGAAGGUUUGCAGCAAUAAUGUUGAAAAUAUAAAUGGUAAAGGAAAACAAAACGAGGAUCCAAGUGAAGAGUUGAAACCAAACAUUGUCAGUGGAGCAACAGAUGUAAGUGUAGCAGAUAAGACCCCUUCCAGUGGAUUAGUUGAGUCCAUGCGAAAUGAAGGGAAGAUGCAUGUUGGAACAGGACAAUCAUCACUCUGGGAUGAUGCUCUAACUAACAUAAGCAUUGGCGGGCUGCUAUCUGAAGCAUCUCUAAAGGGCAUGUUCAGUACUUGCGAACCAAAAUCAGAUGGAAGCAAUGCAGGUUUGCUUCCAUCUCAGUUAAUCUCUGACUCAUUUGAUGCUUUUAUCAUGUCCCAAGUGAAUUGUUCCCAAGCUCCAAGGCUGCCUCCUCAUGGUACAAGCUCAUCUAUUUUGGAUGCGGAAGACACUUGCCAUGCAUUUGCAUUUCAGAAUUUCUCUUCCUCAGGCAAAGAUGCUCUUGCUUUGCGUGAAAGUGCUUAUGGUCAUACCUCCAGCCAAGAUGCCGUUUCCAAGUCAUUUAAAAAUCCGAAUAUUAGCGAGGUCAGCAUCCAAUCUGGCCUUCCACAAAGCCAUGGUUGUCAAGAAUCUGAAACGGACCUGUCAUUGUGUUCCCGAUUGUAUAAUGAUGAAAGCAGCCUUGGCCUCUCUGGGAUAAAAUGGACGGACUCUUUGGGACCUUUUGAUCUUGGCCUAUCUUCUUCGAGAAAGAUUAUCAGUGGUGAUAGCUUAAGCAUCAGCAGAAUUAUUACCUAGCAAUCUGCUUGUGACUCUUCUGGAGAUUGAAAGGUUUCUUAGUCUUGAAGUCGGAGUGUACAGGAGAUGGAAAUUGAAAGGAAUAAACUACAACAUGAUGGCUGGGAAAAUAUCACAGAUUAUCAAUAAAUAUACUGUGUAUUUCAACUUAAUCAGUUUGUUAAGGGUGGAUACAAUUGAAAGAAAAUGCAUAGCUAAGAUUACUUUCCAAUGUCUUUCAGAUAAAGUUCUGAGGGUCUACAUAGGUAAAUUUAAGUCUCCCGAUUGUCGAUUUUAAUUAUAGCCAUCAUAUGCUGCAUUAUGCAGAGAUAUCGCCUUGAUAGUUCUUCGGUAUAUCCCUAGUCACAUGUAAUGAAUGAAGUUCCCAUCGUUGGAUGCUGUUAUUUCAUGUAUGUUGUUUUCACCAAGCUGAAUUUUAAGAGCAAUCUGCUUUUGUGAAAAUCAAAUGAAGUGUGCAACUGUGGCAUUUUAUA